GCAUCGAUUGACGGUCGUUUGUUUACUAAAACACCACACCUGGUGGUUAGCACUGCAAGGGAAUAACUGUGGCUCACCGGGUGACUGUUAAGAAGAUCGGUUGGUUAUGAAGUUACUGGUCAGCUGGACAACGCACUCAUUGUCGAUAUGGUUACUAGUGAGUGUAACUGGGGCGCUACAACAUGAUGAAUCCUCGCGGGGUUUUAACAAACUACCCAACGGUUUGCCAGACGAGUGCACACAAUUGAAAAUAAGUAUAAAAUCCUAUGCUGGACAGCAUGAUAAUCCCACUGGGAAUCUGACGACAAUCACAACCGAAGAUGACAACGGCUACGAGAUUCGUGUUCGACGGUCUUCCGAUAACCUCAUGGUGGGCAGAUGGUACGAGCCCGGCAGGGAAUACUCGAUUACCCUAACCAACCGAUAUCCAUCUAUCGGAUUUCGAGAUGCAGUACUGUGGCUGCAAUUUGGUAAACCGGAAGACAGUAUGAAAAUGGACAUGUCGUCACUUAGUGUGGAGCCAGUGACGACAAACACGCAGGCCAACGAAGCGAAUGCUUAUUGCGCUUAUCACCCAAGCCGUUUGGGCACUUGGAUUCACCGAUCCGGAGGAGGAAGGACGGCCACACAGGAACGACCUGGAUGCGACGGAUUAUCGGCUGAAAGGGCCAGCGAACUUCGCACGUGGACUCCUAGUCUAGUGUUGUCAUGGCGAGCGCCCAUCGCACAAUCUUCCAUUUCAAUGUGCUCAGAAAUGGCAAUACUCCAAUGCGUUACACUUGCUGCUGCUGUUCGCGCUCGCGGAAGUCUACAAAGCAUCUUCGCUGGCAAAGGAGGACUGAAGAAAACCCUGUGCCCCAGCUCAGAUCGCCCUCCAAGCCCCGUACUGCCUGCUGAUAUGACGGUUUCCAAAAUAAUGGAUGGGCACCAAUUGGGGAAUCGGAGACUGAAUGAGAAAGUAAUGAAGCAUUCUGUCAAAAGCACAAUGCGUUUGGACACCAUGCAACCCAAAGACUGUUGUGCAUGUGGCAGCGCGACAUACAACCUCACGUUCCAAGGACUGUGGACUCAAAAGACGCACCCGAAGGACUGGCCUACUCAUAACCCUGGUCUCCUGCACUGGACAAACCUCAUCGGAGCUAGCCACAUGCCUAGUUAUCGCAUCUAUCAGUUCGGGGAGCCGGCGAGUGCUGGAGUCUCCGCAGUUUGUGUCUACGGUGAUACCACUGUGCUCAAGCAAUCCUUCAGCUUGGCCGCCUCAAAUGUGGGCAGCGCAAGCGGUGUGCCCACAGGAACGGCUAGAGGAGCGAUUGGUAUCGGACCCCUACAUAGCUUGGUCACCGCUGCCGGUAUGUGGAGUGAGGAGACUUUGGGAGAAUCAAGAUCAACUCUAAUCGGGGUGAAUCGGACGCAUCCACUCAUCUCCUUUCUGACCAUGCUCGGACCCAGCCCGAACUGGUGUGCUGGGAUAACUGGCCAGUCUGUAUGUCAGGCCGACUGUACUUGGAUCAAGCGCCUGAGUAUCGAUCUGUAUCCCUGGGACGCAGGUGUUCGACACGGGAAUACUUAUAUACCAAAAAACGCAGACCGCAAAGACAUCCCUGAUCCGAUCAGACAUAUUACGGCGGAUUGGAUGCCGGAUAAUCCGUUCACUCGCAAUCUUCCCGUGGCUCGAGUUACCCUUGAACGCUUAUUGCCGCAAGAGCCUUGGCAGUGUACGGAUAAACUUGGCAAUGGUGUUGAGAUUUUCCUUUCUGAUGGUAAAACCGAAGUCGUCGGCGGAUCAAGAGCUCAGAAUAGUGAUGGUAGUAACAAAUUGGAACCUGUGAAAUCAGCUAUGGGGGAUCUGAGUGGCAGUGGUGUGAUGAAGAAAUCUCGCCGUAAAUCUGGUGGAUCGACUUCAGCGGGUGACAACCCACUCUCCGAUCCCAGUCUAGCCCAAAUGGCCACAUUUCUCUGCAUCACCGGCCCGUGGUCGCCUUGGAGCCUCUGUUCUGUCACCUGUGGCGUUGGUCAUCGCCAUCGCCAACGGAUAAUGGUCGUUAACAAGAAAAACGAGCUAUGCCAACAUGUGCCUCUUGUGGAGGAAGAGUCAUGUGAAGGUCGAAAGCGAACAUGCGAUUUCAGUUCACCCUGCAGUCUUCUCCCUUGGACUGAAUGGACACCUUGCAAUGCGACGUGUGAGAAUCGGACUGGGGAACAAACCCGAAGACGUUAUCUGGCCCGUCCACAUGAACAAUCUAUUUGUCCACACGUGUUCAACAGUUCUGAGGAGCACAUAACAGGUGCAGUAAUCCAAAAGCGUGAAUGUGGUCCGACAGACGUGGAAUGUGAUCCGGCGACGAUUUGCGGUGAAGGCCGUAAGGAUGGAAUUCCGUGCGGGGUCAAAGCGAGAGCCUAUUACUACAGCGCGGUGGACCAUGGUUGUUUGUCAUUCGAGUAUCUUGGCUGCAAGGGUGGGAGAAACCGAUUCACCACUAAGGAACUUUGUGAGUCAGUGUGCAUCCCAGCUGUCGAAGCCUUACCUGCGUGGCGACGGGAACGUAUGACCUUAUUACAGUACCAAACUACUCAGAUUGCAUCCUCAGCAGGCGACUCCAUUUCGGAACAGGAAAUGAAACCUGCUGAGUACUGCAGCUUGUCGAUGGACCCGGGCGAAACGUGCCCGGAUGGGAUGGAGAGAAAAUUGGUUGUCUGGUAUUUUUCUCAACGAACUCGUCGCUGUUUUGAAUUUAUCUACAUGGGCUGUGGUGGCAAUCGGAAUCGCUACAAUGAUUACAACUCAUGUAUUGCGGAAUGUUUACCUGCCGAAUGGGCGAAAUCAGUUCGUAUGACUAAAGCACGAACGGCCAUGGAGAAGCGACAAAAAAAUGGAACCGAAAUGAAGGUAGAUCAAGUGAGCCCCGACACGGAGAAUACCAUCACUACGUUCAACGGGGGUACUGUUUCGGGGCCAACACAGGACUGCGAGUUGACGCCUUGGGGAGGUUGGGGCCCUUGCUCACUCAUCGGUCCACAUCAGAGAGGAACACAAAUGCGCUGGAGGUAUAUCAUGAGGCCAUCCUUGCAUGGCGGACGACCAUGUGGAGUACUGUUUGAUGAGCGAAACUGCACCAGCUCGUCUUAACUCAUUUGAUGCCACUUUAUUGCUUCCGAAUUCAGUAGCCUUUUAGUUAUGAGAUGUUAUUGUUAAGCUAAUGGGGUUUGUAACUACUUUAUCUUCACGACUCAUGAACACACGAUUGUUUGCGAUACCCUGCUUUUGAAAAAUAUCAGGAAUGUUAGAGCUUACGCUUUUGCUUCUGCGAAUAUAGUGCACCCUAUUCUCUCUUAGUACCACUGAACUUUUAACUGUAGUUGCGUCGCACACUAGUGCAAUAAAUUUAGUGCAAGUCCAUUUAAUCUCAGGUGGGUUCUAUGGGAAUUUAUCAAAGCAAACUAAUGCUAACUAGCGCCGCUUGUUAAUAAACAUAACCUUUUUCAGUUGAUACAAAUUCUUUUCUUUCUUUGCCCAUAUUCACCGUGUAUAAUGACUUUCAAAAUACAGAAACUUACUUGCACAGUC